UCAACGCUGGUGGAUCUGGAAAGCGAAAUUAUCCAAUGUUUCAAUUGGACUUUCCCAAUUUCUAAAUUUCCUGAAGAAGGGUCUCGACCCGAAACAUCACCCACGCCUGACCCGCUGAAUUACUCCAGCUUUUUGUGUCUAUCUUUACCUUAUUGUCUCGUGUACCGAGGUCCGGGGAAGUUAAUUAUUUUGUACAAAGGAAAUUGAACCUUGUUCAAGGCAGGAAGGAACUGCAGAUGCCGGUUUACACCGAAGAUGGACACAAAAUGCUGGAGUAACUCAGCGGGCCAUGCGGCAUCCGUGGAGAGAAGGGAUGGGUGACGUUUCUAGUCGAGACGACCCUUCCUUCGGGUAACGCUUUAAUUUGAGAUUUCUACAGCAUCCGAUAAAUAAAUAGCAGAGCUUGUGAUGUAUGUGACAACAAUGAAAAAUACUUCAAUAUCUCUGCUGAAAAUUAAAUGUAAUCUUGGCGGUGGGUCACGCUCGCUGUUACAUGUCGCCUUUGUGAAAAUAAUCUUAAAUGGUGAAGAUAUGUCGGUGCAAAAUUUGUUUUUAAUUUAUUUUGUCACGGGGAUUGCGAUUGAAGAAGAGAUUUUUGUGCGCAAGUAUAAAAUAUAUAUAUAUAUUAUAGUUUUAUUAGCAAGAUUGUGUUCUCCCAAUAUCUCCAGCCAGCUUGCUUGUCUCUCAUCACCCAUUAAUUGAUGUAUGUUGUGUUAUGUUGUUCGUGCCCAUAGUGCUUGCAUCUUUGAAACGCUGGGAUUGGAACAUAGUCUCAGAUGGAAGACCAGUGUGAGGAUUUAUUCGAAGUUUACCAGAGCGCUCCCGACCCACUGGACUUGAGGAAUCUGCUCCAGUCACAGAACGUCAGCUGCUACGACCCUGACUACGACAUCUCGCGGUCGGAGAGGCACGAUUUCACGGCGGGCGCCACGUUCAGAGUGGCCAGGACUAUGGUCGGGGUAGCUCUGGUCGCCAUUAUGUUGGUGUGCGGCGUGGGGAACUUGGCCUUCAUCGCCGCCUUAGCCCGCUACAAGAAACUCCGCAGCAUCACCAACCUCCUCAUCGCCAACCUGGCUGUCUCCGACCUGCUGGUGGCCGUCGUGUGUUGUCCGUUUGAGAUGGAUUACUACGUGGUGAGGCAGCUGUCGUGGGAGCACGGACACGCUCUCUGUGCCUCGGUCAACUUUCUCCGCACCGCCUCGCUAUAUGUGUCCACCAACGCGCUCCUCGUCAUCGCCAUCGACCGGUAUCUAGCGAUCGUCCACCCACUCAAGCCACGGAUGAACCGCCAGACAGCGUAUGUGUUGAUGGGCACGGUGUGGACCGGCUCCCUGCUGCUGGCCGUCCCGUCCGCUUACUUCACCGGCGAGGCUCUCAUCCCGCAUGCCGGAGCCCAGCACAAGGUGUUCUGCGGGCAGAUCUGGCCCAGCGAACAACAAGUGUCCUACAAGUCCUACUUCUUGUUUGUGUUCAUCCUACAGUUCGUGGUGCCCUCGCUCACCAUGGGUCUGUGCUACGUCCAGAUCUCUAGGGAGCUCUGGUUCAAACGUGUACCGUGUAUCCAGACGGAGCAGAUCAGGAGAAGGUUGAGAUGCAGAAGGAAAACCGUCCUGAUGUUGGUGACCAUCCAGACUGUGUUUGUCUUGUGCUGGGCACCUUAUUAUGGGUUCACAAUGGUCCGGGAUUUCUACCCGUCCCUGCUGAUGAAGGAGAAACACUACAUCACCAUGUUCUACGCUGUCGAGUGUAUCGCCAUGAGCAACAGCAUGAUCAACACCGUCUUCUUUGUAACUGUGAAGAACAACACGGCGAGGUGUCUCAAGAAGAUGCUGCUCUUGAGGCUGAUGUCCACUCACGGCGGCAGCAGCAAGUCCCAGGAACACGAUGUGAGGACAACGGGACUGCCGCUGUCUGAGGAGAUGCAACUCAAAUAGGUCCCCGGACAUCGUG